UUAGUUUCUAUCUAGUUUGCUUGUUGAUUUAAGCAGGGUCUAAUUCUAACAAUGUUUUCUCUAUCGGCUCUACUGUUUUCUCUCCCUUUGUGAAAUGUGAUGAAAAGAAACAUUGAAUCUGUAGACGGACUGUUUUCAUGUAAUCUCGUAAACUAACCUCCCCCCGCACCCCACUCCCUCGCUAGUAAAACAUUGAAGUUAUAUUCCUGUGAAAAUAUUUGUAUAUUUACAGAGAAAACCAAGUGUGCAAGUUCCGUCUGCAUUCUUUAAUCUGUUUUCUCAAAUCAGGACGAUUUGACUCUUUGGGGGGUUUUCCAGAGUAUUAGCUAAAUAUACAAACAUGAGAAAACAAACAAAACAAUCCAAGAGUACACAAAUUAAAACCUGGAUAUAGGUUUACAAACAGAUUCAGUGUGAUCCUUCCUUGAUAUCCAACCCUUCCUUGAUAUCCAACCUUAACCCUAGAUCAGGAAAAUAUCCAUUAAACCCGUAUGCAUCUUGCACCCUGAGUUAAAACUGACUCCUGAAACCAUGCACAGUCUUUCAAACUCACUAUUUGGUAGUCAAGACUCCUACUGGAGAGGAGGGGUCGGGAGUGCCUACUCCUCCCUUCAACCUCUAGGGAGUAUGACUCCUAACCUAUCUAACUCCUACUCCCCUUAUGAUCAGUAUUCGUCACAUCCUGCCGUCACCUCAAGGUAUAUGAGUUCUCCCUAUGGACCCUACCACGGAGUACCCCAGCACAGUGCUCCCAAGGAUAUGGUAAAACCCCCCUAUUCAUACAUCGCUCUCAUCGCCAUGGCGAUACAGAACGCCCCGGACAAGAAGGCGACGCUCAACGGUAUCUACAACUUCAUCAUGGAGCGGUUUCCCUACUACAGGGACAACAAGCAGGGUUGGCAGAACUCUAUCCGACACAAUCUAUCUCUGAACGAAUGCUUCGUGAAGGUAGCGAGGGAUGAUAAGAAGCCUGGGAAGGGAUCCUACUGGUGCCUAGACCCUGAUAGCUAUAAUAUGUUUGAUAACGGAUCCUUUCUCAGGAGAAGGAAACGUUUUAAGAAGAAGGAUGGAAAAUAUGUGGAGAAGGAGGAAAUAUUGAAGAGCAGGGGACAGCUGCACAACACAGGGGGUCUGACAGAUUCACCAGGGGGUCAGGCCCAGGGGGUCAAUACAGGGAGACAUAGAUCCCCCCCUCCAGGGAAGAGAGACUCUAAGAAAUGUGAGACCCCUCUGAAACACGAGUUGGUGAACUCCUAUCCGCCCCUCUCCGCCUCCAAGCUAAAGAUUGAACCUGGAGAUAGUCCUGAGGAUUGUGGUUUAGCUGAUGAGCUUGCAUCAAGGAGACUUAUUGAUCAAAACCAUUCUCCGGGCAAAGAAUCUCUUUUGCCCUCUAGUCACGCUUACCUGGGCAAAGAUGAGCUAAGUGGUCAUUUACUCAGUCACGUUCACAUGUCCGGAAUGUCCCUAGAACCGUCGCUGCAACAAAUGGCGGAUGUCGCCGCCGGUUGCAACAAUUUUUCAGUCGACAGUCUGAUGACGACAACACGGGACGGGAGUCCGGAUCCACGCGUUUCCGGCUUACAGGAUAUGACUGGAUACUCCCACUACUCCCCCUGUCUGUACCCAACCAACUCCAGUAUAGAGGAGUUAUCAAAUAUGACCGCAGGGUGUCUCCCCCAGUCCUUGAUGUCCUCCGCAUAUUCUCGGUCAAACUGGUACUCCAUGCCGGGGGGACAUUCCCCAACCCAACCCGACCAUUCUUAUCAGCCUAGGGAAUAUUUUGAAGGGGUGGGGAAACCCCCCAGUCCAGGAGCAUGCACCCAAGCCCCCUACAGAACCCCACCCUAUAGAUCCUACUACCCUCAUCAAGAUUGUGAGAAAUAUUAAACUGUACAGUGUACAAUGUACAAUGUACAAAUCUAUACAGUACUGUACAUAGCUGGACAUUAAAAGCUAUCUCUACAGCAAUAUGCCAAAUUAAUCAAGCUGCAAUUUUAGCCUAAUAUAUAUAUAAAUAUAUUAGGCCUAUAAUAUAUAUAAAUAUAUUAGUGAAUUAGAAAUAUAUUUGCAGUUCAACCAUGAUGUAUCCAUGUAAGGAAAUCCUUCGUCGUGUUAACAGAGCCAAAAGCUGAGGUUAUAUUGUUCAUGUGAUAAAAUUUAAAUCAAU